AUGGCUCUACAACCGACUGCCGUCUUUUCGUAUACACCUAUGACAACGGUUCGCUAUGCCACUCCCCUACCAUCUCCUUUGAGUUACCAGCCCUAUGCUGCACCGUUUGCGAGCGUUUCACACUUAGCUGGCGAUCCCACGUACACAAAAUACAGCUAUAUCCACAAUGCAACUGUGACGGAUACCAAUGAGCCAUACGGCCAGGGAGCUUAUAGAGCCUUAUGGGGAACUACCACCUUCACGGACCAAUUGCCCUUUACUACCACGGUGUCUCCCACCCCAGUUGCAUCAUCAGGGCUUAUUUCCCCCCUCCUAUCUACGAGGCAGACCAAAAAGAGAGGCAUGGAAAUUCACCCGCAGGCUUUAUGUGGGGGGUUGCGGGCAGUGCCUAGUACCGGAGGGAAUGAUUCCAAUGUUGCUGAUAUGCAUUACUAUCUUUAUAAGCAAGAAAUUCUUCGACUGGCAGCAAUUGGGAUCCCAUAUUACUCAUUUUCAAUCGCCUGGCCCCUUGUGGUGCCGUUUGGGGUUGCUGGAUCCCCAAUCAACAUGCAGGCUCUCGACCAUUAUAAAAGUAUGAUUAGUUUCUGCAUCGAGAACGGAAUUGCUCCAAUUGUGACCUUGACGCAUAUUGAUACUCCUGCUACAUUGGUCACAGGAGAGAAAGGUCCGAUCGGAUAUCAGCAUACGGGGUACGGCAAUGCUUCUUUCGUCCCGGUAUUUGAGUAUUAUGCUCGUAUUGUUAUGACAGGCGAUUCGAAUAUUCAUGGCAGCUACUCUCCAACCUUGACAGUGGCAUCUGACAACCCGAUAGAUUCGCAGAUCGGAUUCAGCAAUCCUGACGAUUUGGCUGCAGCCCAUCGGAGUAAUUAUUUCUCUUUGGAAAUCCUUCUUAGCCCCACGGUUCGGGGAAUGGUUUAUCCAGAGUCUCUGAAAAAUACCACUGGAGCGAGCCUCACCCAACUGAAGACCAAAGAUCUCUCUUAUCUUCAUGGGACGGUCGAUUUCCUGGCAAUCGAUGCAUACAGCCAGAUGAGCGCCACCCCACCCGAUGAUGGGGUUGAGGCAUGUGCGGCGAAUCUCAUCGGGUCCCCCUCUACUAUGUAUAACUAUAUUACGCCCACUUACAUUCGGCCGGCACUGAAAUGUUACAAUGACAUCUACCACACCUCCGGAAGCAUUGUAAUCACUGAAGAAUUCGGCUGGAAUGCACUUUUGGAAGAAGAGAUGACACCAGAUGAAGCAUGCUUCGACUAUCUACGCUCUGAGUAUUUUACAAAUUAUAUUGCAGAACUGGCGAAAUCGAGAGAUGAAGACGGAGUCCCUAUCGUUGGUGCAUUCGCGUGGUCGUUUAUUGGCAACAACGAGUGGGGAACUUCUGCCCAGCGAUACGGCAUGCAAACCGUUGACCGGAAGACUCAGACACGGAGGUUCAAGAGAAGCAUUUUUGAUUAUGUUGAUGCAUUCCAAAAGGCCGUGAAGGAUCAUAGGUAA